AUGAAUAGAUUCUUAAUAGCGGAAUUUAUUUUCGUUCUUACUGUUGCUGCACAUUUGGUUAGCUGUCAAGUGCCUAUUGGUGGCUUCACUUAUCUGGAUUCAAAUAGCCAGGAAGUUCAGGAACUGGCAAAUAAGGCAGUGGCUAAACAUAACGCACAGCGUAAUGGAGCCUAUUAUAUGAUGCAGAUUCAGGUUUUAAGCGCAAAACAGCAGGUUGUAGCAGGAACUAAUACUGUGCUCGAAAUUCUAGUUCAAGAGUCAACAUGUGAAACUGGGGUAAAUUGUCCAAUUAACUUCAUUCUCAAAUACUUAUUUAAUUAA